UUCACGAAUAAUUUUCAUUCCAUCGUACGAGAAACUUUCCCUUUAACAGGUGACGUAACCGGGUUAAGUUGGCGUUCUUCAACGCCGCCUGAACUCCCUCCUGAAUAAAGACUGUGCAUCGCAGAACGAAGCGAGGACACUGGUGUCCGGACCGGCGAAGUUAUGGAGUUUUUAACCGGUAAUCCUUUUUCCACACCAGUGGGUCAGCAAAUAGAGCAUGCUACCAGCCCAACAUUACCAUCAGAAGAUUGGGCCCUCAAUAUGGAGAUCUGUGACAUCGUCAAUGAAACAGAAGAGGGACCCAGAGACGCGGUUAGAGCAAUAAAAAAGAGGAUUGUGGGAAAUAAGAACUUCAAAGAAGUCACGUUGGCUUUAACAGUGCUGGAGGCAUGUGUGAAGAACUGUGGCCACAGAUUCCAUGUUCUGGUGUCGACCCGAGAGUUUAUAGAAGGGGUUCUGGUCCGAGCCAUUUUGCCCAGGAACAAUCCUCCUUUGGUGAUGCAGGACCGUGUACUCAGCCUCAUACAGGCGUGGGCGGAUGCAUUCCGCAGCUCCCCCGACUUGACGGGUGUGGUUUCUGUUUAUGAAGACCUCAGGAGGAAAGGCCUGGAGUUCCCCAACAGUGACCUGGAUGCUCUCCCCCCUAUCCUCACCCCCAGUAGGAGUAUGGCAGAUCCCCUCUCUCCUGUCACCGUGUGUUCUGUACCCCAGUCUCCAAAGCCGUCAUCCCAGUCACGAAACCAUCCUCAGCCCCCCCAGCCUCAGCCUCCACAGAACCAAAACCCAGAUGAUCCCCUCGUACUCUCACCUCAGCAGCUAAAGAGGUUGAGGUCAGAUGUCCAGGUGGUGAGGGGGAACCUGACUAUCAUGGCUGACAUGAUGACUCAGAUGCACCCAGGCUGUGCUCAGCUGUCCGACAAAGAGUUGCUGCAGUUGUAUGGGACAUGUAAAGAUAUGCAGGACAAGCUUGUGGAGCUGAUCCCCCGGAUCUCAGAGGAAAAGUUGAUCGAGGAGCUUCUGGUCACCAACGAUGAAAUCAACACCACCUUCACACGAUACAAGAGGUUUGAGAGACUUUACACACAAUCAGACUCCCCUCGGCAGUGCCCCACCUAUGCUAACCUCAAAGACAUCAGCCCAUCCUCUAACCAGUCAGUUGCUACAUCUGAACUCAAGCCAUGCAGACAGCCCCCAAUCAGCAGUCUUUCCAGCCAAAUGGCAGGUCUUCACACAGAAGACACGAAAUCAGCUCAGAAGCAGAAUCACUCUGCAAUCCAACAGAUAAACAGUGACCACCUUGUCAACUCUGCAGUUGGGGCUUCUAACAGUGUACGGCAAAACAGUGGAACGAUUCCUCUCAAUCAGGCCUCAGCAAUGGAUGACAUUGAGCAAUGGCUUGAGUUUGAGGACGAAGAGGACAUGGGAGACACUGAAGGAGUAACCAGUGAAGAGUUUGACAGGUUUCUGGCAGAAAGGGCGAAAGCAGCAGACCGCCUUCCUUCUGUGAGUGCAUCACAAGACCCAAGCAAUUCACAGCCUAAUUGCUGAUCUACGAAGUACUUUUCCACAGUGUAUCAUUAGAUACAACCCUUCAAGGCCAAACUGCUGCUUUGAGAACAGUUACUUAACAUAACCCUCACCCAUAGCAAACAGUGAGCAGCCAAGUAACUUCAAACACCCACAGGCAGUCAUUUCAGAACUGCGUGGAGGAAAAUUUCAGGUUUAACAACUAGAUAUCUCUAGCCAUGCCCCACCUUCGUAUCAGCUGAUUAUUUAUUAAAUUUGGUUUCCAGUUGCAUUCAUUUGCAUUGCUCCAUUAACACUGAGUAUUGUCUCUUGGCUCUAACCCGUUACUGAAGGCUUAAACCCUUUAGAUAUUAACCCUUACCUCUACCUCCAGGUUAGGCUAAGUAUGCUAAUUAGCAUAAUGAGGUGGUUGUCUUGGGCAUGCUUUUACAUUCUGAACGCACCCCCCUGCCCUUACCUAACUAUACUAUUCCAGAUACAUUCAGGUGUGAACUGUAUUACUUUGAAAUCACAGUUUUAGUCUUUUAAUAUUUUUGUAUAUUAACAUUUUAUAGAAAACAAGUGUUAGCCAGCAUUUCUUUUAUUAGUUUUACAGGUUACAAAAGCACAAACUGUGUACUGCGUUUACUCCUUGAAUUGUACAUAUUUCUCAUGCACUUGCACUCUAUUGAUGUGAUAAUAUAAAGGAAGUGAAUAUUUUUCAGACUUAAUUCAAUGGAAACACUACACCUGUAAAUUAAAGUGAAAACAUGUAUUUUAUGAGCGACCAUUGCAAGUAAGAGUAAAUACAUUCCUGAAUCACAUUUUAGGUUGUGUAAAAUGAAGACAUUAAUCAUGGCAUUCUCACCUUUAGACAUGAACACGUCAGGCUUAUUAAGGGGACAUACUUAGCUCAACCUGCAUUAGGUCAGCUUAUUUUUAACCACAGAAAAACUGUUGUGUCACUGACUUCUUUACUGCACUGAUGCAAUGUAGCUGAUAACUGUUAUAAAUGACAGAACACUGUCUUUUUCACAUGUACUAUGUGUAUGUAUAUGUUAUGGUAAGAUGAAAUAUUAAAAUUCUGAUGAAAUCUG